AUGAAUUUUUUAUUGAUCAGCCAGAUCAGGGUAAAAAAUAUUCAAUAUCAUAUAUUGGUGAAGUUCUUAGAAUGUAUGGAAUAUCUCAAUAUCCAAAUACAAUGGAUUAUAUCAUUGUUUUUCAAGAAAUAUAUUGUAAAAAAUGUGGUAAGAAGUAUACAAAUAUAAUUAAAGAAUGGUGUGAAUCAUGUCAAAUAAUUUAUUUUAAAGAAAAUUUGGUCAGCAGUG